CUAUCUUCACGUGUUGCMUCUCUUGAGUUGACUUGCUUUGAAAUUACUCGAUUUUCUAAAUAAUGGGGAAAGAUAAGAAAGAAAAAAGGCACAAAGGAGGAUUAACAGAGGAUAUUAUUAGUGARAAYACGGUAAAAUCGUCAAAACGAGCAAAACAACGUCGAGAAAGACAAGCAGAAAAAGAAGAUUUGUAUGUCGAAGAAAAGUUGUCUAAGAAGAUCCUUGAACAAGCRAGGAAGCAACAAGAUGAGCUUGAAGAAGAGUUUGGUUACACAUCAAGCAAAAAGUCUUUAAAGACCGCAAGAACAAGUCUUGGUGGAGCGGAGAAGCAUGAUGAUGAAGAUGAGUCUGAUGAUGAUGAUGAAUUGUCAGUGGCCAGUGAAACAUACUAUGAACAUGUUGAAAUUGAUGAAAAUGAAGAAARAGCUUUUGAAAUGUUUAUGUCAAGAGAAGCUCCAGCACGAAGGACGUUGGCUGAUGUUAUCAUGGAAAAAAUACAGGAUAAGAAGACAGAAAUCGAGAGCCAAAUGUCAGAGAAAACAGCUGCACCUCAAAUGGAUGAAAGAUUAGUAAAAGUUUUCAAAGGUGUUGGUGAAAUUCUUAAAAAGUACAGAUCAGGAAAACUUCCAAAAGCUUUUAAGUUCAUYCCAUCCCUGACAAACUGGGAAGAGGUGAUGUUUAUCACKGAACCAGAUACCUGGACAGCUGCAGCAGUCUACCAAGCAACAAGGACAUUUGUAUCAAAUUUAAAUGUCAAAAUGGCACAAAGAUUUUUUAAUCUGGUUCUUUACCCAAGAGUCAGGGAUGAUAUUGCAGAAUAUAAGCGACUUAACUAUCAUCUUUACAUGGCUCUCAAAAAAGCACUGUUCAAACCAGCUGCUUUCUUUAAAGGAAUUCUUCUUCCCCUUUGUGAGGCUGGAGAUUGUACAUUACGUGAAGCCAUCAUCAUUAGCAGUGUUCUUGCAAAGACUAGUAUCCCCGUGCUUCAUUCCAGUGCUGUGAUGUUGAAGAUAGCAGAAAUGAACUACUCAGGAGGCAACAGCAUUUUCUUGAAGACAUUCUUUGAUAAAAAGUAUGCUUUGCCAUAUCGUGUAAUUGAUGCUGUAGUUUAUCAUUUCCUAAGAUUUUUGUCUGACAAACGAACUUUACCAGUUUUAUGGCAUCAAUGUCUAUUGACUUUUGUACAAAGAUAUAAGGAAGAUAUCUCUAGCGAACAGAAAGAUUCAUUGAUGGAACUCUGCAAAGUGCAUGUACACAAUCAGGUUACAGCAGAGGUUCGUCGUGAACUUGUCAAUUCUACGAGUAGAGAUACAGAGACUGACAUGCCAAUGGAAGCCUCUUCCUAAUAAGGUCAUAUUUAUAAAUAUAUCCACAAUGGAUUUACCGUAACAUUUGUCACGCAAUUAACAAAUGUAACGCAAUUGAAAACUGUGCCCCAGCGUGACAUUUGACACAAUAUUCACGUGUUCAAGGUACGCAAGAAAUUGAUUGGUCUAUUUACGUACGGAUGUCGUAAGGCUCAUAGCGUUAACGCAACAAAAAUAUACUUCCGUGAACGAGUGGUGGCCUGUUAAGUGGCUCCGUAAACGUUGCGAACUUGGUGACAAUAUGAAGAACGAUAAAARUUCCUUGCCUUGAGGAAGGUCUUUUUACUGGUGUAAAUAUACCUAAUUUUCUCGUCAAUCUCGUCCAAAGUCCAUUUUAUGGUCGGGCUUCCUGUGUGGAGAGGCUGAAUCAAACUCAAUCACYUGCUCAGUCCAAAACGAGACUUGUUCAUUAAUAGAUUAGAGUUAAUUAGGRCCAGAAAUAGAAAUGAUAUAACUGCGGUUUAGUAAUUAUCGAUUGACAUCAAGGUUGGUUUGUUUGGGUCAUUUGUUAGGUCUCCACCUUGGGACCCGGUUCAUCAAUGUUCCUUGACAAGGUGUCAGUCACUGUCAUGUCAUUAAGCCACAGGUAGCACUUUCCCACACAUGUCGAUAGCAAAGUAGAAUUCUUAAUUAUUGUAAUAAAAACGAUUUUAAAUGUUUUGAUA